AUAGUAAUCUCUACGCAUACGCCGAUCAGUCUGAAAUCGAUUCCGAAUUAAUUCUCAUCACUUCACAGAGACUGAACUGCACAAUGUCGGCUGAACCUGAACACGCCGCGAAGAAGGUGGAUCUCUCCAAAGAUCCAUCUGGCGCUGAGCACAAAGAGGAUGAAGUUGCAACCGCCAUCCUCAAGAAGAAGAAGAAGCCCAACUCUUUGAUCGUCACUGAUGCCACCAACGAUGAUAACUCGAUCAUUGCCCUGUCAAACAACACCAUGGAGCUUCUCCAGCUCUUCCGUGGCGAUACAGUCUUGGUCAAGGGCAAGAAGCGAAAGGACACCGUUCUUAUCGUGCUCGCAGACGACGAACUCGAUGAUGGCUCAGCACGGAUAAACCGAGUAGUCCGACACAACUUGAGGGUGAAGCACGGCGAUGUGAUCACCAUUCACCCAUGCCCAGACAUCAAAUAUGCCAAGCGUAUUGCCGUUCUCCCUAUCGCAGACACAGUCGAGGGUAUCACCGGAUCAUUAUUCGACGUUUUCCUUGCACCAUACUUCCGAGAAGCAUACAGGCCUGUCCGACAAGGCGAUACUUUCACAGCCCGCGGCGGCAUGCGACAAGUGGAGUUCAAGGUUGUGGAGGUCGACCCGCCAGAGUUUGGCAUUGUUGCUCAGGACACAGUCAUUCACUGCGAGGGCGAGCCUAUCCAGCGAGAAGAUGAGGAGGGCAACCUCAACGAGGUCGGAUAUGACGACAUUGGUGGCUGCAGGAAGCAGAUGGCACAGAUUCGUGAGCUCGUCGAGCUUCCUCUGCGACAUCCUCAGCUCUUCAAGUCCAUCGGUAUCAAGCCACCGCGUGGUAUUCUCAUGUACGGUCCUCCAGGUACCGGUAAGACCUUGAUGGCUCGUGCCGUUGCCAACGAGACUGGUGCCUUCUUCUUCCUCAUUAACGGACCCGAAAUCAUGUCUAAGAUGGCUGGAGAAUCCGAGUCCAACCUCAGGAAGGCUUUCGAGGAGGCAGAGAAGAACUCCCCAGCCAUUAUCUUCAUCGAUGAAAUCGACUCGAUCGCCCCCAAGCGUGAGAAGACCAACGGCGAGGUUGAGCGACGUGUCGUCUCGCAGUUGCUUACUCUCAUGGACGGCAUGAAGGCUCGCUCCAAUGUUGUCGUCAUGGCCGCCACCAACCGUCCCAACUCCAUCGACCCUGCCCUUCGUCGUUUCGGACGUUUCGACCGUGAAGUCGAUAUCGGUAUCCCAGACCCCACCGGCCGUCUCGAGAUUCUCCAGAUCCACACCAAGAACAUGAAGCUUGGAGACGAUGUUGAUCUACAGACGAUCGCCGCCGAGACUCACGGUUACGUUGGUUCUGAUUUGGCAUCCCUCUGCUCCGAGGCUGCCAUGCAGCAGAUUCGUGAGAAGAUGGAUCUUAUCGAUCUGGACGAGGACACCAUUGAUGCCGAGGUUCUCGAUUCUCUUGGUGUCACCAUGGAGAACUUCCGCUUCGCCCUCGGAGUGUCCAACCCCUCUGCUCUCCGAGAGGUCGCCGUUGUCGAGGUCCCCAAUGUCCGCUGGGAGGAUAUUGGUGGUCUCGAGGAGGUCAAGCGCGAGCUCAUCGAGAGCGUCCAGUACCCCGUCGAUCAUCCCGACAAAUUCCUCAAGUUCGGUCUUUCACCGUCUCGUGGUGUUCUGUUCUACGGUCCCCCUGGUACUGGUAAGACACUUUUGGCCAAGGCUGUUGCCAACGAGUGCGCUGCCAACUUCAUCUCUGUCAAGGGUCCUGAACUGCUCAGCAUGUGGUUCGGUGAGUCCGAGAGCAACAUUCGCGACAUCUUCGACAAGGCUCGUGCCGCAGCACCCUGUGUUGUCUUCCUCGACGAGUUGGACUCCAUCGCCAAGUCCCGUGGUGGAUCUGUCGGCGACGCUGGCGGCGCGUCCGACCGUGUGGUCAACCAGCUUCUCACUGAGAUGGACGGCAUGACCUCCAAGAAGAACGUCUUCGUCAUCGGCGCAACCAACCGUCCCGAGCAGCUUGACAACGCUCUCUGCCGUCCUGGACGUCUCGACACCCUCGUCUACGUUCCCUUGCCCGAUCAGCCUUCCCGUGCUGGUAUUCUCAAGGCACAGCUCCGCAAGACUCCUGUCGCUCCUGAUGUCGACAUCGAAUACAUUGCUGCCAACACCCACGGUUUCUCUGGUGCCGAUCUUGGCUUCGUCACCCAGCGUGCCGUCAAGCUUGCCAUCAAGCAAUCGAUCUCUCUUGAGAUUGAGCGCCAGAAGGCUCGCGAAGAAAAGGGCGAAAAGAGCGAGGAUACCGAGAUGGAGGACGAUGUCGAGCUUGUUCCAGAGCUGACCAAGGCUCAUUUCGAGGAGGCCAUGCGCUCCGCUCGUCGUUCCGUCACUGAUGUCGAGAUCCGCCGAUACGAGGCUUUCGCUCAAAGCAUGAAGAACAGUGGAGGAUCAAGCUUCUUCCGCUUCCCCGAGGAAGGUGAAGCCCAGGCCGACCAGAGCAACUUCGGCACUGCUGGCGAGGACGAAGAUCUUUACAACUAGAGUUUUGGGAUCCAUCGGAGAAGUUGACCUUAAUGAUACAGGUUCAUGAGCUAGCCUUUCUCAUAUGAUGCUACGGCGGAUACGUGAAAGACAUGGGGGGCACAGUUUUUAUGGAAUUGGUGCAUUACAUGCUUGCACACAUGGGCGAUGACGAAUGUAUUAUGGGACUUUCUAAAUCCCCCCUUUCAAAAUUAGAAUUGAGGGCCCGGAAACCCGUGGACUUUUUUCUUUUGCAGUCCAUAGUACGAAACAUGAAGAUUUAAACG